AUGACACUCCACACUGCCGGGCCAACCGUCCUCGCCGUUAUCAUCGUCCUCGCAUCUUUCUCAACGCUCGCGGUGGGUUGUCGCAUAUACGCGCGAUAUCGCCACGUCCGGAACAGUGGCAUUGACGACUACAUGAUCAUUAUCGCCCUCUUCUUCACCCUCGCCAUGACGACCGGCAUAGGCCUUCAAGUCCGCUACGGCCUCGGACUACGUCAAUCCGCCAUUGACCCACGCAACAGUGAGAGCAUGCUCAAAUGCUUUUGGGCCUCCAUCUGGCUCUACCAUCUCGGCAUCGGCUUUACCCGUCUCUCCAUCAUCCUCCUGGUCAUGCGUAUAUUCCCUCAGGCGGCCUUCGGAUGGGUACGGUGGGCGUUGUGCUAUGGACUGCUAGCAUUGAAUACUUUGACCAUGGCUUGGGCUACACUCAGCUGUGUCUUUAUGUGUGAUCCCAUCUCAGCAUUCUGGACGACGGAUAUCGCGGGCACUAAGUGUUGGGCGAGGAGCGUGGUGUGGCUGAUCAACUCAACGCUGGGCAUGUUUCUGGACUUUUCCUGUGCGGUGCUGCCGUUGCCGUGGAUUAAAGGGUUACAACUUCGAAGGAAGCAGAAGAUUCUGGUCAUGGGCAUCUUUGUCCUUGCGGGGUUGCCUUGUUUGUUGGCGGUCAUACGCCUGCACUCACUUAUCAUCGUUGCGGACUCCCUGGAUCCUGCGUACGACAAUGGCACGCUGGCGACGUUCAGUGCGACGGAGAUCCAUGUUGGCAUCACACACAUCAUGUAUCGCAUCAUCGCAACCAUCACCGCCAGCCUGGCGCUAAACUCCCACGCACAUCUGUUCAUUAACUCACCGGCACCCAUCAACGGCACCGCCGUCAAGCCUCCUCUCGAUCCUUCUGGCUCUGAUUUUCCAUGCCACGGUAUUUCGUUACCUUCCACCAGACGAACGAAGAUGGCUGCCGGCUCCCAGCAACUUUUGUCCUUCGAACUCGGUGCCAACGGCACCAAUACCGCUGUACAUGGUGGUGGUAGCUGCCAGAUGGCCAUCACUUAUGAGACCGAUACGGCGAAAUUGAAAAAUCCCAGCAGCUGGAAAGUCAUCUACUCCAUCGAGGGUGGAUGUCCAUCCGAUGCCCAGGGCAAUUUGGACGGAGUUGGCGCGAAACCAUGCGGUAACGGCAAUGAGCCCAACUGCGUCAAUCAGUUCAAAUUCAACAUUCCCAAGGGUGUCAAGAAUGCCCAUGCUAUUAUGGCUUGGACAAUUCACCGGUGGAAGUGGCUCCGAGAUGGAAUCCCGGAUAUGUUUGUGGGAAACCUCGCAAGCGUCAACCAAUGCCCGACCAAGGAGUCCAUCAACUUGAAAUUUCCGAAGCCUGGCAAGUACGCGACGACUAAGACGGAGGGCAGUCCAUACCCACUGGCUCUACCCACCGGACAAGGCUGCGCUGGUGGCGGUGGCGAUGGCGGUGGAUCUAGUGCAGACCCCCCUGCGCAGACGUCUUCAGCUGCCGCCGCUCCACCAUCUCAGGCUCCCGCACCUUCACAGCCUGCGCCAUCUUCCCAGGCUCCCGCGCCUUCAGCUGCGCCAGCUCCCUCUCAAGGCGCAGGCAUCUGCACCGACGGCACCGUCCCCUGCCCAACGCCCGGCCAAAUCAUCUGCAUCGGCACGACCAAAUUCGGCACCUGCGACAUCGACCACUGCGCAGUGCCUCAGGCUGUGGCUCCCGGCACGACUUGCAAGGCCGGAAAGAUCACCAAGCGACGGAAGCGGGCUUUGGAGUCGCAUAAGCGGAAGUUCAAGCAUGGUCGUCUCAGUGAAGGAUGA